UUCUUUUUCAUCUUUUUCAAUGUUUCACUUUUUUUUUUGGGUCCUACAUCUUGGACAUCUCCAGUGUAGGCUAGUAAAUGUCUCCUCUUUGGUUACUGCCAGCCUCACUUUUGAAAUUACAUGUAUCACUGAAUUCCAGGAUGAAGAUGAUGUUGAGGAAGAAAGUUGUCGUGAUUAUCAUCAAGUUUCCGGAAACCUUGUUCUGGACUAUCUUCAAAAGUUGAGUUGUGUGACUGAGCUAAGCAUUGGAAGUUGGUUAGCUGAGGUCGUGUUCAUGUUGCAACUCGAAGGAGUGCCGCUUCCAGAAUUGAGAUGCAAAUGUCUAACGCUAGAGAUGGAUGUGACAAAGUAUAACUUGUAUGGAGUAACUAGCCUUUUGCGGACCUCGCCUCUUUUGGAGACGCUGAACAUACACUUGGGAGUUGGGUUGACUGAUUAGCACUGCGAACUUGAGCUAAGCUGUUUUGGCAAAGGAGAUAAUAUCAAUUUGCAGAGUUGGAUUUCGAACAUUGUGUUUUCCAAUCUCAAGAAUGUUAAGAUCAUCGGCUGCACAGGGGAGUGUUGGAACAAGUGUUCUGAACAUAAGCUUUUCCAACUUUCAGAAUUUCUACUAAAGAAUGCAGUGGUUUUGAAGAAGUUUGUUAUCAUAGCAAAGAGUUGGAAUUGUUCAGAGAGCUGUGUCUCCCAAUAUUUAUCACAAUCUGCUAUGAAAUUGUUAGACAGCCCAAGAUCAUCUAAGAAUUUGGUGAUUACUUACGAAGAGUGUGACUAUACUGGAAGUGGUUUUGUAGUGGAAUACUAGAAAUGUUACCUUAGAUUCUAGCUUUCGAUUUACUGCAGAGUGCAGAUAUAAUUUGAACUUGUGGCAUACCAAAUGUUGUGGAUGCUUGGUUUCCACGAAGCCUUUGUUUGUUGCACUCUAAACAUUGCAUGUGUUUUUGGAAUUUUCAUUCGACUUUUUUCUGGAACUGUCAAAGAUAGCAAACCUACAAGUCGCAUAUUUCCAGAUAAUUAGGCUCAUGAAAUACUGUAUUUUGCUUCCUUUGUCGAUAGCAUCAAGAUUUUAUAACAGGAAGAAGGUUCUCUUUUUGGUA